AGAGGGGAGGAGGAAGGGGGGGGGACAGUAAUGGCGGCGGUGCUGGAGGUGGAGGUGGAGGGCCCCGCGGAGCGCGAUGUGGAGGAGGUCGAUCUUUCACACCUCUCCCCAGAAGAGAGAUGGAGGGUGGAGCACGCACGGAUGCACGCCAAACACCGCGGGCACGAAGCCAUGCACGCCGAGAUGGUCCUCAUCCUCAUCGCCACGUUGGUGGUGGCCCAACUUCUUCUGGUGCAGUGGAAACAGAGACAUCCUCGUUCCUACAACAUGGUGACCCUCUUCCAGAUGUGGGUGGUGCCCCUCUAUUUCACCAUCAAGCUCUACUGGUGGAGGUUUCUUCUCGUUUGGGUGUUCUUCUCAGCGGUCACAGCUUUUAUCACCUUCAGAGCCACUCGGAAACCUUUGGUCCAGACGACACCGAGGUUGGUUUAUAAAUGGUUCCUGCUGAUAUACAAGAUCAGCUACGCCACGGGGAUCGUAGGGUACAUGGCCGUCAUGUUCACGCUCUUCGGGCUUAACUUAUUGUUCAGAAUCAAACCCGAAGAUGCGAUGGACUUUGGUAUCUCCCUCCUUUUCUACGGACUUUACUACGGAGUGCUGGAACGGGAUUUUGCCGAGAUGUGCGCCGAUUACAUGGCCUCCACCAUCGGGUUCUACAGCGCCUCCGGAAUGCCCACCAAGCAUCUCUCCGACAGCGUCUGCGCCGUUUGUGGUCAGCAGAUCUUGGUGGACGUCAACGAGGAAGGAAUCAUCGAGAACACCUACCGCCUCUCCUGCAACCACGUCUUUCACGAGUUCUGCAUCCGGGGUUGGUGCAUCGUCGGGAAGAAGCAGACGUGUCCGUACUGCAAAGAGAAGGUGGAUCUCAAGAGGAUGUUCAGUAAUCCCUGGGAGAGGCCUCACGUCCUCUACGGACAACUUCUGGACUGGCUUCGUUACCUGGUGGCCUGGCAACCGGUCAUCAUCGGACUUGUCCAGGGCAUCAACUACAUCCUCGGGUUGGAAUAACGGCACCUGGUGGACAUCCACGGAGCCGCCAGCGGAUACCAUCCCAGGACAGGGACACCAACCAGCCGGGAACGCUGCCUUUUCUCCAUCACCUCCUCAGGACCUCGGCCACCAUCAAAAGACUACGGCGUUGGGGCCGAGGAAGACCUUGGAAUCGCUCCUUCGAGGAUUUUGGGGGUUGGAAAAGCGAUUCGUUGAAGGAGCCGAUCGAAAACUUGGAAUUACAGCCCCCGAAAAGAAAGAGACGCUUUGUCCCGUUUUAAUUCCGAAGGGCUUCGCGCGGCCCCAACCGUGCCGAGAUGUCGGUUGGCAAUGUUUUCCGUCUGCUUUUCCCAACGUUCUGCGCCGACGAAGGGAUACGGGGACGUAGGAUCUGGAUCGGACCCUUCUUUUUUUCCCAGAGGAGCUGGAAUUCAGCGUUCUGGAAGAGGGAACGGGAACGCUUGGCUGUCCCGGCACCGCGGGACGGCUUCUUGGUUGCCAUAUCCCCAUCCUUUAGGGAGGAACGGAGCCAUCCUGGUGGCAUCUCCCUACCUUCAUGGAGCCCUUUUGGAUGCUCCCAUCUUUUCCAUGUUUUUUCCUGGCGCCGUUGUCCGAAGGCGGCAAAGGGGCGGCCGUAGCCGUUCUCUCCGUGUGCUAACGGUGAUGGGACAUCAAGAACAACCCAAGGUGGUCCUCACCCGGAAUGUCACGCCGGGAAUGGCUCUUCUGGGAAUGGAAUAAAUGGGAUGGAGCGUUGGGCACGGGCCAGGUUGGUGCCGGCGUUUCCCUGCCCUCGGCAUCGCGCCGGACCGGAGCGCGGAGCCGUCAUUCCAUCCUUCUUGUGCAAAGGGACCGUUGGAGCUUGAUUUUAUGGGAGA